AUGCUCUCUUCAAUUUCAAAACGUUCAGCGUUGUCUGCCCGCAUUAACCCCCGCAUUCUUAUGACUUCCUCUGCUCAACUAUCCACAAUCUCAAAGUUCCCCUAUCCCUCUGCAGAUGAGGAAAAGGCUUACUUCGACAAAACUGUCAAGGAAAUUAAAGAAUGGUGGGCCUCACCACGAUUUAAAAAUAUCACCCGUCCUUACCCAGCCGAAAAGGUCGCCACCUUUAGAGGAACCCUCCCAGUCUCUUACCCUUCCUCAACACAGGCUGAUAAACUCUUCAACCUCCUCACAGAACGCUCUAAACAGGGUGCUCCAGUUCAUACCAUUGGUUCCAUUGACCCCGUCCAAAUGUCCCAAUCAGUUAAAAACCAAGAAAUCGUCUACAUCUCAGGUUGGGCUUGCUCUUCAGUCUUAACUACAACAAACGAAGUCUCCCCUGACUUUGGUGACUACCCUUACGAUACUGUCCCCAACCAAGUCGACCGUAUCUUCCGUGCUCAACAACUCCACGACCGUAAAUCAUGGCACGAAUGGAUCAACCUCUCACCUGAAGAACGUUCUAAGCGCUCCGCUGAGGGCAAUGGCCGUAUCGACUACCUCCGCCCAAUCAUUGCUGAUGGUGAUACCGGCCAUGGUGGUACCGGCGCCGUCAUGAAGCUCGCCAAACUCUUUGCUGAACGUGGUGCUGCUGCCGUCCACCUCGAAGACCAACUUCACGGUGGUAAGAAGUGUGGCCAUCUUUCCGGUAAGGUCUUGGUCCCCACUUCCACUCACAUCUCUCGUCUCAAUGCUACCCGUAUGCAAUGGGAUAUUAUGGGCACUAGUAACCUCGUCAUUGCCAGAACUGACUCGGAAACUGGUAACCUCAUUUCCUCAUCUGUCGACCCUGCUGACCACGAGUACAUCCUCGGUGUUAACAAACCUGUCAAGCCUUUGGCCCAAGUUCUCGAGGAGGCCCAGGCUGCUGGUAAAUCUAACGAAGAAAUUGAUUCUCUUGAACUCGAAUGGACUCAAAACACCCCACUCAUGACCUUCAACGAUGCUGUUGUUGCUGAGCUCAAGGAGGCUGGCAAGGCUGACCAAGUCGAUGCUUACCUUGCUGCUGCAAAGGGUCUCUCCAACUAUGAUGCCCGUGCUCUUGCUAAGAAGUCUCUCGGAAAGGACGUUUUCUUUGACUGGGAUGCCCCCCGUACCCGUGAAGGUUACCAUGCUUUUAAGAAUGGCAUUGAUGCUGCCAUCAAGCGUGCCGUUGCUUUCGGUUCCUUUGCCGAUCUUCUCUGGCUUGAAACUAAGAAACCUAACCUUGAACAAGCUAAGGCCUUUGCUGCCGAGAUUCACAAGCAUCACCCUGGCAAAUGGCUUGUCUACAACCUUUCCCCCAGUUUCAAUUGGCUCGGCCAAGGUUUCUCUGAAAAGGAUCUUAAGGACUUUGUAUGGGAACUUGCAAAGGCUGGCUUUACUCUUCAACUCAUUUCUCUUGCUGGUAUCCACACCAAUGGUCUGGCAACCGCCCAGCUCUCUGAGGGCUUCAAGAAAGAUGGCAUGUUGGCCUAUGUCAAGAAUGUCCAGGCUAAGGAAAAGGAAAUUGGCAUUGAUCUCCUGACACACCAGAAGUGGUCUGGCGCUAACUUUUACGAUGAUAUGAUUUCCACUGUUGUUUCUGGUUCCUCGUCAACUUCCUCUGUUGGUAAGGACUCCACCGAGCAUGCCUUUUAA